AUGUCGAGCUCCAUGUCCUCGGCUAGCUCCUCGAGCUCACGCUCGUCCUUCGAGGGGCCCUCCACCCCACCCGACACAGUUCACUCGCUACCCAACUCGCUCAAAGCGGCACGACAGGAAGCCGGCAUCGAUGCAGAAGAGCCGAUCUGGAAGAAGCGACACACUUUCUUCCCGCUCGAGCGUCAAGAGCGCUACUCGGCUCCAACAGACAAGGGCUUCGUUGCGCCGGAGCUGACCGAGCUCGUCGCACCAAACAUCGAGUCGUUCAAUGCACUCUGGGCGGAAGACCCCUCGCUGGACCCGCCAGCAUCCGCAGCAGUGUCUGGGUUCGUCAACGAGGGAGUCGGCUUGCUCGAAAAGAGUCUGCGCCGUUUGCCGCCAAGAAUUGUCUUCGAUGGACAGGGAGAUGCGAAUGGUGGUUUCGGCAACAGGAUCACUCUGCGCAUGGACAGCGUCAACCUGUCCAAGCCGCUCGUCAACGAACGCGCCAAGGGCGUGCGCGAACGUAGGGUCUUCCCCACCGAGGCGAGGGAGAGGCUCUUCACCUACACAGGAAAGCUCACUGCACGACUCUGCUGGAGCGUCAACGGCGACCCGGAACAGAGCGACAUCGUCGCGUUGGGCAACUGCCCCGUCCUCGUCCGAUCCAAUCGAUGCAACCUGCGUGGCAUGUCAUCCAGAGAGCUCGUAGCUCACCACGAAGAAGCCAACGAGUUCGGCGGCUACUUCCUGGUCAACGGUAACGAGCGUCUCAUCCGAUACCUCAUCGUCGCCAAGGCCAACAGUCCACAAGCCAUCGAACGACCCAGUUUCGAGAAGCGUGGUCCAAGCUACUCGAACAAGGCCAUCGUCAUCCGAUGUCUGCACAAGGAGGACCUCAUCAGCGUCACCAACGCCGUCCACUACCUUCACAACGGUGGUCUGACACUGCGAUUCAGCUGGAGGAAGCAGGAGUACAUGGUACCUGUGGUCAUGGUGCUCAAGGCGCUCGUCGACGCUACGGACAAGGAGAUCUUCGCUUCGAUUGUUCAGGGCGACUUCGAAAACACUUUCCUCACGGACCGUGUCGAGCUGCUGCUGCGCAACUUCAAGCAGUACAGCCUCUGGUCGGGUCACCAGUGUCUCGAGUACCUCGGAUCCAAGUUCCGCGUCGUCCUGGGCUGUCCCGAGGACUGGACCGAUGCGCAGGUCGGAAGCGAGCUCAUCCACCGCAUCUUCCUCGUCCACCUCGACAGUCCUCGUGAAAAGUUCAAGAUGCUCAUCUUCAUGAUUCAGAAGCUCUACUCGCUCGUCGCCGGCGAGUCGUGCGCUGACAAUGCCGAUUCGCCGCAGCACCACGAGAUCCUCAUGCCUGGUUUCCUGGUCGGUCAAAUCAUCAAGGAGCGUGUCGACGAGGCGGUCGGCAACAUCCGUGCUCAGAUCGCAAGGGACGUCCGCAUGAAGAUCAAAGGUCUCGACUUUUACGACACCCGCUACAUCAAGAAGACCGUCUCCAAGGUCAACAUCGACAUUGGCGUCAAGAUUGCUUCGUUCCUCGCCACGGGUAAUCUGUCGUCGCCCUCCGGUCUGGAUUUGCAGCAGACAUCCGGUUUCACCAUCAUGGCUGAGAAGCUCAACUUCGCGCGAUACCUCGCUCAUUUCCGUUCGGUCCAUCGUGGUGCUUUCUUCGCCGAGCUCAAGACGACGUCGGUUAGGAAGCUGCUCCCGGAAGCGUGGGGUUUCUUGUGUCCCGUACACACGCCAGACGGUUCGCCAUGUGGUCUGCUUAACCACUUUUCGCAUACGUGCAGGAUGACCACCCGUCAGCCGGACGUGUCGCACAUCCACGCGCUGCUGUCCGGCCUUGGCAUGACGGAAGCUGCCUUCGCUGUCGGUGCUGUUGGCGCUGCUAGUCAGAAGAACGCCAAUGCGCACGAGAGUGUCGUUGUGGUCCAGCUCGACGGUUCCAUCCUCGGCUACACCACCCCAUCGCUCGCCAAGCACAUGGCCACUGCGCUGCGAAUCUGGAAGACCGAGGGCCUGCACCACGUCCCUCUCGACCUCGAGAUUGGCUUCGUCCCCACAUCUCGAGCAGGCCAGUACCCUGGUCUCUACCUCUUCUCGAGCCGUGCUCGUAUGAUGCGACCCGUGCGGCUCAUCCACAACAACAAGAUCGACAUGGUCGGCCCCUUUGAGCAAGUCUACCUCGACAUUGCCUGCGACCCUCAAGAGGUCGUGCCCGGUGUGUCGACCCACGUCGAGCUUGCCCCCACGUCGAUCCUCUCCGUGUUGGCCAACCUCACGCCUUUCUCGGACUACAACCAGUCCCCAAGAAACUGUUACCAGGCUCAGAUGAUGAAGCAAACGAUGGGUACCGCCUCGACCGCCGUGAGCAGGAGGACGGACAACAAGCUGUACCGCAUCCAGACACCGCAAACACCCGUGGUGCGACCGGAGCUCUACAACAAGUACGGCUUCGACGACUACCCCAACGGCACCAACGCCAUCGUUGCGGUCAUCUCGUACACCGGCUACGACAUGGAAGACGCCAUGAUUCUCAACAAGAGUGCGCACGAGCGCGGGUUCGGCUACGGCACCGUCUACAAGUCCGAGACCAUCGACCUGCGCGACCUCAAGGGCAAGUCGAGCUCGAGCGUGCCCACCCUCCACUUCGGGUUCGCGCCUGGCUCGCGUGCCACUGAAGCGCAGCGCGCCAUCCUCGACCAGGACGGUCUGCCCUACGUCGGCCAGAAGGUGUUGGCGGGUGAGCCCAUCUGCGCCUACUGGGACGAGGUGAGCGGCAAGACCAUGUUCAAGAAGUUCAAGGGUGACGAGUACGCCUACGUCGACACGGUGCGUCUUCUCGGCUCGGACGCUGGUUCUGGUGGAGGCGACAGCGAGUGUCAGAAGGUGCAGAUCAUGUUGCGCAUCACGCGUGCGCCCGUCAUCGGCGACAAGUUCAGUUCGCGUCACGGUCAGAAGGGUGUAUGCUCGCAGAAGUGGCCCGCGGCCGACAUGCCGUUCUCCGAAAGCGGAAUGCAGCCCGAUUGCAUCAUCAACCCUCACGCCUUCCCGUCACGAAUGACGAUUGGAAUGCUGAUCGAGUCGAUCGCCGGCAAAGCAGGCGCGAUGCACGGUAUCGCCCAGGACUCAACACCGUUCACCUUCAGCGAGGACUACACGCCCACCGAGUUCUUCGGCGAACAGCUCAAGGCGGCGGGGUACAAUCACGUCGGUAACGAGCCGAUGUACUCCGGUAUCACGGGACAGGAGCUUCGGGCGGACAUCUAUCUGGGGGUGGUGUACUACCAACGUUUGCGUCACAUGGUGAACGACAAGUUCCAGGUGCGAACGACGGGUCCCGUGCACGCGUUGACGCGCCAGCCGAUCAAGGGACGAAAGCGUGCUGGUGGUAUCCGUUUCGGUGAGAUGGAACGCGAUGCGUUGUUGGCGCACGGAACGUCGUACAUGCUGCAGGAUCGACUGAUGAACUGCUCGGACUACUCGACGUCGUACGUCUGUCGCACGUGUGGGUCGCUCUUGUCGGUGGGUUUCGACACGUCGUCUUCGACUACGGGCAACGGUGCUGGUGGUGCCAUUUCGACGAUUGACGUGACGACGCAAGGAUCGACGCCCAUUCUGGGACCCAAUGGAGAAUUCUGCCGCGUUUGCAGGGCCGAGGAUGACGUCCGUCGCCAACAGGGCCUCGAACCGCUCCGUGGCAAGCGACAACCCAUCGGUGGCGUCGAGGCCCACGUCAGCAUCCCGCACAGCAACGUCAUCAACAAUGUCACCGGCGGCGAUCUCGACGUGGUUGCCGUGCCAUAUGUGCUCAAGUACCUCGUCGCCGAGCUCGCGGCGAUGGGCAUCAAGAUGAGCUUUGGUGUCUCGCCCUAG